GAAACACUGUAAGAUGUUGAAUGGUCAUCUCAGUAACAUUCAUACUACUGUGUAUCUAACUUCAAACACGUGUUCAUUAUUUGCUGUUCGUUAUAUUAAAAAUAUUAUGCAACCUUUAAGUAACACCCCUUUUGUGUAGGUAACGUCUGCCCUGUGAAAGCAGCUAUGAAUUUAACCCACUUAUAAUGAAGCACUGUGCGUCUAUAAAGAUACACAAUAAUGCAAGAAAGCGUUGGCUUCAUUGCAUCGUUAAUUCAUGUAAACUGGAACAGCAUCUGUCCCAGCAGUGGCUGUUGGCACAAUGGGGCUAGACUUUGAUGUAAAGACGUUCUGUCACAACCUGCGGGCCACCAAGCCCCCUUAUGAGUGCCCUGUGGAGUCCUGCCGGAAGGUCUACAAGAGCUACAGUGGCAUUGAGUAUCACCUGUACCACUAUGACCAUGACAACCCAACUCCUGCACAGACUGUUCCCCAGAAAAAGAGAAAGGGACGGCCUCCUCGCGCCUCAUUGGCUGGCUCAGGGGAUACGGACGAUGGUGGAGGUAACGGUGGUGGGGGACUGGGGCACGGGGGGAACACGCCUGGUAGCCCCAACCAGUCGGAUCACUCUAACUCUCCGGGCAGGGAAACAAUGACUUAUGCACAGGCACAGCGCAUGGUGGAGCUGGACUUCCAAGGACGCAUCCACCGCAUCAGCAUCUUUGAGAACAUUGACGUGGUGUCAGAGGAAGAUAGUGAUGCAGAGGAUGCUCCAACCUCUGGAACUGGUGGUGGUGGUGGAGGGGUUUGUAACGGUAGCGACGGCGGAGGCAGCGAGGUAGGAGGUGGUGGCAAGGACCGGACAGAUAUCCCCUCCUCUAAUGGUGGCAAGUCCACCCCAAAGUCUGGAAAGCAUAAGAGUAAAGAAAAGAAGAAGGACGGUUCAUCUCAUCAUCACAGCGCUCAGUCCGGCCCUGCAAUCAAGCUCCCUGAGGCGGUGUUCAGAGAGCUGGACCAGGAGAGACCUGAAGCCCCUCCCCGACCAGCAUCUUACUACAGGUACAUUGACAAGUCUGUGGAGGAGCUGGAUGAGGAGGUAGAGUACGACAUUGAUGAAGAAGACUACAUCUGGCUGGACAUCAUGAACGACAAGCGGCGGCGCGACGGUGUCACUCCCAUUCCUCAGGAGGUCUUUGAGUAUCUCAUGGACCGCCUAGAGAAGGAGUCCUACUUUGAGAGCCACAACAAGGCUGACCCCAGCACCCUAAUCGAUGAAGAUGCUGUCUGCUGCAUCUGUAACGACGGGGAGUGUCAGAACAGCAAUGUGAUCCUUUUCUGCGACAUGUGUAACCUGGCAGUUCACCAAGAGUGCUACGGUGUGCCCUACAUCCCAGAGGGCCAGUGGUUAUGUCGGCGCUGCCUUCAGUCGCCGAGUCGAGCUGUGGACUGCGCUCUCUGUCCCAACAAGGGAGGCGCCUUCAAACAGACAGACGAUGCACGCUGGGCGCAUGUUGUCUGUGCCCUCUGGAUCCCAGAGGUCUGUUUCGCCAACACAGUCUUCCUGGAGCCGAUAGACAGUAUUGAGCACAUUCCCCCCGCACGCUGGAAGCUCACCUGCUACAUCUGCAAGCAGCGAGGUUCAGGCGCCUGCAUCCAGUGUCACAAAGCCAACUGUUACACAGCCUUCCACGUCACCUGCGCUCAGCAGGCGGGCCUCUACAUGAAAAUGGAGCCGGUCAGAGAGACGGGGGCCAACGGCACUUCUUUUAGUGUACGAAAGACAGCUUACUGUGACAUCCACACGCCGCCAGGAUCAGCACGACCUCUUGCAGGAGUAGGCGGCGCCAGCAUGGGUUCCUCCCACAGCGAAGGAGAGCUGGAGGAGGAUGACGAGCCGAGCAUUUGCCACGAUGAUGACUCCAAGGGCUGGAGCUCUGAGCGAGCCAAGAGGGCGAAAGCCAAGUCCAGGCUGAAGAUGAAAAGAGCGAGGAAGAUCUUAGCUGAGAGGAGAGCUGCAGCGCCAGUGGUGUCUGUGCCCUGCAUACCCCCCCACAGGCUGAGCAAAAUCACCAGUAACCUGACUGUACCCAGGAAGAGCCAGUUCAUGCAGCGCCUCCACAGCUACUGGACCCUGAAGAGGCAGAGUCGUAACGGCGUGCCUUUGCUACGCCGGCUACAAACCCACCUGCAGUCCCAACGACACAUUGAGCCCCUCUCACCACCAACUCCAGAACAACUCCCCUCGGAGCCGUGUGACAUUGUGUUGCAGACGGACGACGAGGAGAAACCCUGUGCUCUGAAGGAGCAGCUGAAGGCCUGGCAGAGACUGAGACACGACCUGGAGAGAGCCCGGCUGCUGGUGGAGCUCAUACGCAAGAGGGAAAAACUCAAAAGGGAGACGAUUAAAGUGCAGCAGAUGGCGCUGGAGAUGCAGCUGACGCCCUUCCUGGUGCUGCUGAGGAGCACGCUGGAGCAGCUACAGGAGAGAGACAUCAACAACUUCUUCACUGAGCCUGUUCCGCUGGCAGAGGUGCCAGACUACCUGGACCACAUCGACACUCCAAUGGACUUCCAGACCAUGUGGAACCUGCUGGAGUCCCAUCGCUACCUCACGUUUGACUCCUUUGAGUCAGACUUUGGCCUCAUCGUCAACAACUGUCUCAAGUACAACGCCAAGGACACAGUCUUCUACCGCGCGGCGCUGCGGCUCAGAGAGAUGGGGGGGUCCGUCAUCAGAACUGCCCGACGCCACGCUGAGCGGAUAGGCUUCGACUAUGAGGCGGGCUUACACCUCCCCCGUGAGCCGAGCCCUGACAGCCAGCGAGACCAAGACAGAGAGAGGGAGCGAGAACGGGAGCGAGAACGGGAACGGGAGCGAGAAAGGGAGCGAAGCAGAGACAGGGAGCGAAGCAGAGACAGAGAUAGAGACAGAGAUCGAGACAGAGAUCGAGACAGAGAUCGAGACAGAGAUCGAGACAGGCCAUUGUCUUCUAAUGACGAAGAGCUGCUCCUGCCGGAGAACAGGCGGCGGCUGCCUCUGGACGAGCAGCUGCACUACCUGCAGGUGCGCCUCGAUGAGGUCAGCUCAGGGAAGCACAGCAUUGGUCAGUCUCGUCGAGCCAAAGCUCUGAGAAAGGAGAUCAGCGUCAUCAAGAGGAAGCUUGUGCACCAGCAGGAGGGGGGCUCUGGGAUGGGGGGCCGGGACUCUGUGGGAGGAGACCGGGGACUCCCCCAUCACCCGUCUUCUUCGGGACACCACGAUGAAGGGGGGGAAAGCAGCAGCCAGGAGAUCGGUGAAAAAGACAUGAGUGUGUCCUCAUCGGCCCUGGCUCCAGAGGUGGGCCGUCGGACAUCUGUCCUCUUCUCCAAAAAGAACCAUAAAAUUGCUGGACCUCCGAAAAGGCCAGGUCGCCCCCCGAAGAACCGGGACGCUGGCUACGCUGUGGGGUUGCAAAGCCCCAUCGGCCCCCCCCAGCUGCCCAUGUUGUCCCCCAGCAGGCCGAGGAAAAGACCCCGCAGCCCCCGCAGCAGCUCCAGCUCUGACAGCGACAGUGACAACGACGACAUGCUGCCAGGUUUGCCAACUAACGGUUUCAACGGGGGAACCCAGCCAGUAAAGGAGAGCUUCUGUGUGUACCGCAGUGAGUCUCGUCUCCCUCGAUCCAGCUCAGACUCUGAGUCCACCACCAGCAGCAGCAGCAGCGCGGCCUCAGACAGGACCAGUACGACCCCCUCUAAGCAGGGCAGAGGGAAGGCGUCGUUCUCCCGCUCGGCCUUCCAGGAGGACAGCAGUGAGGAGACGUCGGGCACUGAAAACGAUUCCUACUCCGUCGGAGGAUCGCGGCCCGUUUCACAUUCUCUGGACCUGGUGUGGGCCAAGUGCAGAGGCUAUCCUUCAUAUCCGGCUCUGAUAAUUGACCCUAAGAUGCCCAGGGAGGGGGUUUUCCACCGGGGCGUCCCAAUCCCUGUCCCACCUUUGGAUGUGCUGAAACUAGGGGAGCAGAUGACCCAGGAGGCCCGGGAGCACCUGUUCCUGGUGCUCUUCUUUGACAACAAGAGAACAUGGCAGUGGCUACCGCGCUCUAAGCUGGUGCCGCUUGGGGUGGACCAGGAACUGGACAAGGAGAAAAUGCUGGAAGGCCGAAAAUCCAACAUCCGCAAGUCCGUGCAGGUGGCCUACCACCGCGCCAUGCAACACCGCAGCAAGGUGCAGGGAGACCCCAGCAGCGAGACCAGUGACAGUGACUGAAAACACACACACAGGUGUUGGUCCUCCAGGUGUUGUGGAGUAUACAUUUCUCUAUGGAGAACCCAUCCCACCAUCACAGAACACAAGAAACAGAGUGGGGGAAAGAACAUCCACUACAUUGGCCCCAAGACACAUCAUGCACACUAAGCCGUAUUUAAUCUGACAUGUAAAAUAUUGUAUUUAAGAGAAUUGAAAAAAAAUUGAUUAAUAAUAAUAAUCAUGAAGAAAUAUGCUAUGUUUAAAACCACCAAUCAAAAAAUUCCUAGUAUUAUGGUCGAUAUGUUUAAUAAGAAAUGAGAUGGUGGUUUACAGAUUUAAAAAAAGUAACACAUUGUUACACUAUUAUGCCUCUCACUUUCAUUCUUACACAUGUCAUUUAAAAUGUCAACAAGGAAAUGCAUGUGGUAUUAUUCCCAGAUUGUGGAGCACAUCUUCACAUCCACUGCCCACCGCUCAAAACAAACUAAAAAAAAUGAACAUGCCUGAUGCUAGUGUCCAGUCAUUCGCGGCGGAGCACAAAGAGAGACUGACCUGUGGGCAACCCAACGAUAAUGUUAUUUAUUCUGCUUACUCCAAGGUCCACAAGCUCCUUUUUAUCAUGGACUACUUCUAAUCACUCCUGCUACACAAGACAUCAUUGUGUGGUCCUUUUUUUUUGUCUUUCACUCUGUGUUCAUCAUGUUUUUACCGUUUUGUUAACGUACGUCUGUCACACAGGCCGCUGGUCAAUGAAUAAUGAGGACUAAACACAUGAUCGCCUCACUGUCUGUCUUAGUCUCAGGCUGAUGACUUUAGAACUUUUAUAUAUACAGAUUGCAUAAAGAUAGAAGUUUAAUAAACAAAUAAUUGAGUUUUUUAAACUUG